GCCUUUGCGACCCCUCACAUGGAGCGACAGGACCAGCGCUGGUGAUCCAGGCCUGGCUGCUCACUCCAUGCUAUGCCCCUGGCGUCCGGCGCUACUCGCGCUCGGUCUGCCGAGAGUUCUUGCAGACUACGAUGCAGAGAAGAAAAUCGAACACGCGAGGCUGUACGGGAAUGUCGACGAGUUUGCGUACUAUUUCGUGGACUUAGUGGUAGGCACCCCCCCGCAGCGCGUCUCCGUGAUCUUGGACACGGGCAGCGGGGUUGCCGCCUACCCGUGCGCCAACUGCGGGCAUUGCGGCCAUCACAUUGACCCUGCCUUCGACGUGGCGAAGAGCAGCAGCUCCUCCUGGCUGCAGUGCUCCUCCGGGCGCUGCCCGGUGGGCCGCUGCUCGUCUGGCAAGUGCAGCUACUACCAAGGUUACACGGAAGGAUCCUCCAUCUCAGGGUUCUGGUUUGAGGACAAGGUCAGCCUGGGGGACAUGAUCCAGCACAACCCGCAGGUCAAAGCCAGGAUGGGCUGCCACUCGAACGAGAACAACCUGUUCUUCACUCAGAAGGCCAACGGCAUCAUGGGCAUCGGCCCUUCCUCGCUGAGCGGGGAGGGGAUCCUGGAGAAGAUCUUCAAGGACCGGGAGCACGUGAGCCACAAAGUUUUCUCUAUCUGCCUUGCAGAGUGGGGUGGCCAGUUCAACGUGGGUGGCUACGAUACCUCGUACCACACGGGGAGGCUGCAGCGCAUCCCGCUGAAUCCCGGGGGCUUCUACGGGGUGGGCCUCAGCGCCAUGAAGGUGAAUGGUCAAACCAUCACGAGCUGGGGCAGCACCAUGAUCGAUAGCGGCACCACGUACACCUACAUGCGGAGCAGCAACUAUCGCGCCUUGUCCUCGGCCAUCGAGAGCUACUGCUCAGGUGGCAGGUGCGGCGGCACCAAGCACGGGCGCAACUGCUGGACGCUGACCCAUGGCGUGGAUAAGUUCCCGACCAUCAUGGUGGUCUUCGGGUCUGUAGAGACAGCCUGGGUGCCUCAAGCAUACUUCUACAGGAAGCAUUCUACCAAUAGCUACUGCUAUGGAUUCGAAGAUGACGGGCCUCAUGCCAACACCGUGCUGGGCGCGGUGUGGAUGAUGCACAAGGACAUCAUCUUCGACUUGGACGCGAAGCAGGUUGGCAUUGCCGCUGCCAAGUGUCCUGAGCACAAGGAGCGUCCGGCCCACGUGGCCCAGGCCGCCGUGACCAGUGCCGCACCAACUGCGCCAGCGACCACCGCGCCGGCGACCACAGUGCCGGCCACCACCGCGGCGACCACCGCUGCGGCCACCACAGCCACCACGGCGGCGACGACGGUAGCCACCACGGCGGCCACGGUCAGCACGUGGAUCACAGGGCCUGCCACGACAGCGGCAACGACCGCUACGACAAGCACCACAGUGGCGGCUGCGGCAAUCGCGUCCAAGG